GCCCUUUUUUGUUCUUCUCACUGAUGCCCCGACCUCGUGUGGGCCCUCCCCCAGAUGGCAGGUCGCAGCCUGAAGCAUGCCACUGCAUUGUGCGCGGGAAAUUGGGCCUCUGAUUUAUUGUUGGCCUGAUCCAUGGCCCUUGUGCCCGUUGUGUCCCAUUGUGUCCCCCGCGAACAGGCGUGUGGAUAUAAGACUGGGAUUCCGUCUCCCGUCUCUUCCUUUCCAUUUCCUCAUCGUCAUCCCCCUAUCGCACCAACUCAUGAUGGACCCUCAGACGCUCGCCCAGCUCGCCGCCCUGCGCCCGCUGGGGUCCGAGAUCGAAGCCAUGCACCGCAAACAGCAAUUCCUGGAGAUCAUCACGUACCUCGGCAACCGGGACACCGAGAAGCAGCACGACCGCGUUCUCGCCUCGUGCCUGGACGAUCUGUCGCGCAGCUGUCCGCAGUACGCGCCGCACUCGUCCGCGAUGUUCUGCGUGAUACUCGGGUGGGCCUGCCGCUGGAAGUCGCUGUUCGAGGCGCAGAUGAAGCUGUUCCUCGCGCUGUCCCCGGCCACCGCGAUGUUCGCGGCGAAGGAGAUGGCGAGCCGAGUCAGGGCUUCGCAGGCGGAACGGGUCCAGAGGAUGACUUAUUACAGAGCUAUUAGCCUGGGUUCAACGAUCCAUUGGGUGUCCUGGUACGGCGCGCACACACCUGAGAUUCUCGAACACUGGAAAGCGCUCGUGGAAUUCGUGCUGCAGCGGUCUAUGGAGAGACUGCUAACGAUUGGGGUGCAUCCGGUCACGACUCCGCUUAUGCGCAUGCAGAUCGAGGAGCUGAAGGAGUGCAUCUCCACCGACUAUGUCGCGUGUCCGGACCUGGACGACGAGGCCAUUUCCCGUCUCGCGGGAAUGAAGGGCCUGAACUGGCUGUUCGAUCUGGAUCGUCUGGCCGGUCCCAGCGCUGGCCCCACCACACGCGGGGUCCUCUGAGGACCGGAACACCCUGUGAUGGGCGGUUGGACAGAGACAGCGGACGGACGCUGCGUGGAAUAUCAGUCUCGAGGUCGCGCAGUUCGCGGACAUGUUACAGUAUUGAGUGGACUUUUACUGCCUAGGAAAUUAUCAUUAUUUUCGGAAUGAAGAGUGGGCA